AUGGACACGACCGACGCGCCGCAGCUCAUUGAGCACGUGAACCAGAGCGUCAGCUUCACGCCCAACGACUGCCGCUGGAUCCCCGGGUCGGCGCGCUUCGUGGCCAUGGGCAUCUACCCCAAGGCCACGGGCGCGCUGACCGUCUACGGGCUCAACCAGGGGCAGCUCAAGACGCACGCGGUGUUCGAGAAGCCGCACGGGAUCAAGUGCGGCACCUUCGGGGCCUCCGCUCUGGAGGACAGACACCUCGCCACGGGCGACUACGGCGGCGUCAUGAGCGUCUGGGACCUGGAGAAGGCCGACGUGCCCGUGUACUCGGCACAGGCGCACAAGUCCAUUGUAAACGCGAUUGACGGCUGCGGGGGCCAGAACAUCGGCAGCGGCGCCCCGGAGAUCGUCACGGGCGGACGUGACGGCUGCAUCCGCGUCUGGGACGUGCGCGUGUCCGAGCCGGUGGUGACGCUGGAGCCCAAGGAGACGGACACGGCUCGGGACUGCUGGACCGUGUGCUUCGGCAACUCGUACAACGACGUGGAGCGCUGCGUCGUGGGCGGCUACGACAACGGCGACAUCAAGAUGUUCGACCUGCGCACCAACUCGCUGCGGUGGGAGACCAACUGCCAGAACGGCGUCGUCAACGUGCAGUUCGACCGCAAAGACAUCGAGAUGAACAAGCUGCUGGUGACCACGCUUGAGUCCAAGUUCCGUGUCUACGACCUGCGCACGUUCCACCCGGAGCAGGGCUUCGCGUGCAUGACGGAGAAGGCGCACAAGUCCACGAUCUGGCAGGGCCGCUUCUUGCCCCAGAACCGCGAUCUGUUCAUGACUGGCGGAGGCAACGGUGGCUUCAAUCUGUACAAAUAUCAUUACCCACUCUCGAGGACGGCGAAGGACGCUGACGGACGACUGUAUGGCGUAUGCGGCACAGUUGAGCUGCUGAAUUCGCGAGUGCUUUCGACUCAGCCCAUCGUCAGCAUGGACUGGAGCCCGGAUCGUGAGGGCCUCUGCACGUUGGCGUGCUUGGACCAGACUGUUCGCGUCUACAUCGUUACGAAGACCAACAAGUACUAG